AUGCGACUGAACGUCCAACUGGCCAUUGUGGCGGCGUCAAUUCCCGGGCUUCGAGCAGUUGUGCCUAACUACACAACAGCUGAGGCCGGCAACCCGUUUGUCGAUGGGUGGUACGCAGACCCAGACACGGAAAUCUACGACGGCCUGUACUGGAUCUACCCAACAUCUUCAUAUGAUUAUGAUGAGCAGACAUACCUCGACGCAUUCUCUUCUCCAGACCUGAUCACUUGGACCAAACACCCCAAUAUCCUCACCACCGAGAAUGUCUCCUGGGCAACUCGCGCUGUGUGGGCACCAGCGCCCAUCAGCCGCAACGGGAAAUACUACAUUUACUUCGGUGCCAAUGACAUACAAGAGGGUGACACCACGACCAUAGGCGGUAUUGGUGUUGCAGUGUCCGACUCGCCUAGUGGUCCCUAUGUUGACGCCAUUGGCUCACCUCUGAUCGGCGAAUAUCACAACGGCGCACAGCCGAUCGACCAGGACGUGUUCAUUGACGACGAAGGCCAGGCGUACAUAUACUACGGCGGUCACUCGCACGCUAACGUCGCCCUCCUGAACGAGGACAUGAUUUCAAUCGGAACUUUCCCGGACGGCACGCAGUUCAAGGAAAUAACGCCCACUAACUACGUCGAGGGCGCACAGAUGUUCAAGCGUAAUGGCACGUAUUACAUGAUGUGGUCCGAAGGCGGUUGGACAGGGCCGGACUAUGCUGUGUCGUAUGCGAUGGCGGACUCGCCAUUAGGCCCCUUCGAGCGCAAAGCGAAGAUUUUGCAGCAGGAUCCGGCGGUGGCUACAGGCAGCGGUCAUAAUGGAGUGAUCAAUGUUCCUGACACUGAUAUUUGGUACAUUGUAUAUCAUCGAAGACCGCUGGGCGAUGACAAUGGAAAUCACAGGCAAGUCGCCUACGACCGGAUGUACUUCAAUGAAGACGGAUCGAUCGCAGAAGUGGUCAUGUUGGUCAAGGAUGACUUUGAGGACGGCAAUACCAUCGGAUGGACAACAUAUGACGGUAGCUGGUCGGUAGUGGAUGACCAGCUCAAGGGUGAGAUAUCGAGUGGAGGAAAAGCUCUAUUGAACACCAAUUAUACCGACUUGGUUUUUGACGCCGACGUCACAAUUGUGGAUGGCGAUGGGAACGCGGGUAUUCUGUUCAGAACGACCUCACCGGGUAGUGGUUUGGAUGCAUACGAAGGAUACUACUCUGGGAUAUCCACCGCCGGAACAGUUGUCCUAGGCAAAGCCAAUGGUAGCUGGACGGAAAUUGGUGCGGCCAAAGUCGAGGUCUCUGCGAACGUUCAGUACCAUAUCCGUGUGACUGCAGUGGGCAGCUCAAUUAGUGUCUUUGUAGGAGACAUGGAUACUCCGAAGAUUUCUGUCGCGGAUGAGACGUACACUGAAGGUCAGGAUGGAGUGAGGGUAUUCGCGACGGAAGCUUUGUUUGACAACGUUUCCGUGGCACGACCAUGA